AUGUCAGUUCAGAUAUUCAAAGAUCAGGUUGAGGAAGAUAGAGCUGAAAAUGCUCGUUUAUCCGCUUUUGUUGGCGCAAUUGCCGUGGGUGAUUUGGUCAAAUCAACCUUGGGUCCAAAAGGAAUGGAUAAAUUAUUACAAAGUGCUAGUAACCCUGAUCAUUCCAUUGUAACCAAUGAUGGUGCUACUAUUUUGAAAUCUAUACCAUUUGAAAACCCAGCAGCUAAAGUAUUGGUCAAUAUUUCUAAAGUACAAGAUGAUGAAGUCGGAGAUGGAACAACAUCGGUCACAGUUCUUAGUGCUGAAUUAUUGAGAGAAAGUGAAAAAUUAAUUGAUCAAAAAAUUCAUCCACAAACCAUAAUUGAAGGUUUUAGAAUAGCUAGGAAACACGCAAUUGAUGCAUUGGAUAAAAAUGCUGUCAACAAUGGAUUGGAUCCAGCAAAAUUCAGAUUGGAUUUGUUGAAUAUUGCCAAGACUACCUUAUCGUCAAAGAUUUUGUCACAAGAUAAAGAGCAAUUUGCUACUUUGGCUGUGGAUGCAAUUUUACGAUUGAAAGGAUCAACUAAUUUAAACAAUAUUCAAAUAAUUAAAAAAGUAGGAGGUAAAUUAUCAGAUUCAUAUCUAGAUGAAGGUUUCAUUUUGGAAAAGAAAUUUGGUGUUGGACAACCUCAAAAAGUGGAAAAUGCUAAAAUACUUAUAGCCAACACAUCAAUGGAUACCGAUAAGGUCAAGAUUUUUGGAGCUAAAUUUAAAGUCGAUUCAACUUCUAAAUUGGCUGAAUUGGAAAAAGCUGAAAAGGUGAAGAUGAAAGCCAAGGUUGAUAAAAUUAAAAAUUAUGAUAUCAAUGUGUUUAUAAAUCGUCAAUUGAUUUAUGAUUAUCCUGAGCAAUUGUUCACUGAUGCUAAGAUCAACACAAUUGAACAUGCUGAUUUCGAUGGUGUUGAAAGAUUGGCAUUGGUUACUGGUGGAGAUGUUGUUAGUACAUUUGAUAAUCCAAGCACCACAAAAUUAGGUCAUUGUGACGCUAUUGAAGAAAUAUUGAUUGGAGAAGAUCCAUUUUUGAAAUUUUCAGGAGUUGCUGCAGGUGAAGCUUGUACAAUUGUAUUACGUGGUGCUACUGACCAUGUUUUGGAAGAAGCUGAAAGAUCAUUACAUGAUGCGUUAUCAGUGUUGUCACAAACCACAAAAGAUACCAAAACAGUCUUGGGUGGAGGCUGUGCUGAGAUGCUCAUGGCUAAAUCCGUUGAUGAGGCAGCAGCCAAUGAGACAGGUAAAAAGGCACUUGCUAUUGAAGCAUAUAGUCGAGCAUUAAAACAACUACCUAUAAUUUUGGCAGAUAAUGCUGGAUAUGAUUCGAGCGAAUUAGUUACCAAAUUGAGAUCUGCUAUAUACAAUGGUAUUUCAACGUCUGGAUUAAACUUGAAUGAGGGUACAAUUGCUAAUAUGAGAGAAUUGGGUGUUGUCGAAAGUUACAAGUUGAAAAGAGCGGUUGUAAACUCUGCAACUGAAGCAGCUGAAGUGCUUUUAAGGGUGGAUAAUAUCAUUCGUGCCAAGCCCCGUACUGCCGAUAGAAAUCAUUAG